AUGUGGCCACUCAGUACCACCUUGGUUGUGGGAAACCAAGGUAAAAAGCCUCCUCAGCCAUCUCCAGCCCCCCAUUCUACAGCACGAAGAGCAUUAGGAACAAGGGUUUGCUGGAACACCAGAUCGACUAUCUUCCCUUCGGGGUGCCUGCCUUGUCCGACCCACCACCGCUGUGUGAUAUCACGAAAGUUUGACUUCAAGGAGGCUGCAACGCGAGUUCAGAAGAACGACGAUGGUGUAAGAGAUAAUGAUGGAGCUUUGCUCAAGGAUGACCCGCAAGCAUUUGAGACCCCGCAAGUGGCCCAUAUACUCCCACAUUCUCUCAUGAAGAUUGAAGACGCUUACUGGUCUAAACUCAAAACCGGCCUUUCAACGCCAUCUCUUACGCCUACUCUCCAUAAUCUCUUUGGGGGCUUUCAAAUGUUCUUUGAGCCGGUCUCAACCCAACUGCCUCAUGUCUACAAAAUCGGCUCAUAUCUCCUACCCUUCCUCUUGCGAGAUCCAGUAUUGCCAGUAACUCGAGAGCUAUACCUUUCAGAGGAAAGAACAAUUGACCUUCCUCUGCCUCAACUCCUAGCAAUCCAUAGUGCCAUUGCUCAUGUCCUUCACCUCUUCGCCUCUGGUGAAUACAUUGAUAGGCUUCUGCGGAAUCAAGAGGAGAUAGGCGUGAAGGCAGAUGGGUCUACUGAACUGGGCCGCCUCAUCAAACUUAGACUCUCUGGGUGGAUAACUAGUGGUUGUCUGAGCCACUUGUUGACACCAUGUGAGAAUAACUCCAAUAUACUUAUGUAUGAUGACGGCGAUCUAUCAGUGAACAACCAAGCUGCUGGUCAAGGUCCCGCUCCCCAAACACUUGAAUUCAGCACCAGCCGUCAAUCUAAUUCUUCGGAGUGUGAGAUGUUGGGCAUUAAGAAAACAACUAUUACCAUUCUUGUGUUCAUUCACCUGGGCUUGAUCUAG